AUGGUCCGCCGACUUGCAUGCCGGUCGAUGGCGAUGGAGCAGCAGGAGAGGGGGAGCAUCAGCGGGAUCCUCCCGACCGACCGAGCCUCGGAGAUCCUCUUUGAGUUCCUGCGGCAGGAGAUGGGAGCACAGGGCCUGACCCCCCUGCGCGUGAGCGAGAUCCUUGUGAGGGUAGUCAUGUGGUGCAGGGGCGUACAGGAGCCGCCAUGGUGCUCGUUCAGGGAGCUGUUCUUGUGCGCGCUGGUUGCGAUGACAGACGAGUACGAGCACAUGUUUCCGGAGCAGGACAGGUUUGCGCAAGACAACGCUGAGCAGCACCGGGAGCUGAAUGAGGCGUUCCUGACUUUGUUGUACAACGACGUCCACGUUCUUGAUACCAAGUACAUCAAACGAGCUCUCAGCUCAUGGGGAGAGGUAGAGCUGUCCUUCAGUGACCUCGCUGCGCCUCCGAAGCUGAGCAAGCAUCUCCUCAGUCCUCUUGCCGCCGGGACAUUGAGGACAACAACCAAGCGCAAAAAGAGAGUAUCAGGUGGAAGUGCGGAGCAGACGAUGGAGCGACGGGGAGCUUGGGGGUUCCCUUUUUCCUCACUGAGAGAGAAUGCUGAGACUGAGAUGAAGAAGAUCUACAAAUUCUAUGUGCAAGUGUAUAUGCCUUCAAAGAACGGACUUCGAAGAUGCACAACUCUCGAUUCCAGCGAGUGUAUAGGAAAGACUCAGGACCCGAUAGACUGCAGCAUGCUGGAUAUUGUAAAUUUCUCAAAGACUGCAACAUUCAGAUUGUUUCAGGUGGAUAUGACAGCUCAUUCUUAUUUCCUCUCCAAGUUAGGAGACCUGAACGAUUUCUAUCUGCAGCAGCUUGCCUCUUACCAGCUGUUUGACAAGGCAGAUGAUGAUGGCAACACUUUCAUCAGUUUUACGGAGUUCAUGUCAUUCAUGGAUAGUUUUCGUCGUUUUGAACAGGCGGACAAGGUCAAGAUAUGGAAGAUGUUCGAUGAAAAUGGAGGCCUCCUGAUUGACUCGUUCGUCAAGGACAUUAUUUGCUACAAGGCUAGGAGAGAAUUGUAA